AUGGAUCAGAGACCUGCCCCAGAGUGGGGCCAUGGAUGCUGCCCCAAGUGCCGAGCUCUCUAUCCAUACCCUUCUCUUCCCGGCGCCCAGACUGGGGAGCAGCGGCACGGGCAUGGAUCGAAGGCCGACCGCCGCAGAGGGACGCGACAGCAGAGACCGCUUCUGAGGCGAGGUGGCAGGGCGGGCCGCUGCGUGCGGCGGUGGCGGCGGCUGCACGCCCGAAGGAAGAUCACGAGGUGCAGGAGGAGCAGGAGGAGGAAGGAGCAUGAUGAUAACGACAAGGAGGGGCAGGCGGAGGAGGAAGGAGACGGGGAGAGGAGAGAGGAUCUGGACCUCUCGAACUCGCAGUUCGCCUCCCUGUUCGCCGUGAGCUCGCUCACUGGCGUCUUCUUCGGCCCCGGCGGCGCUGUGAUAGCAUACGUGGGUCGCACCAGAUGUGCGGUCAUAGCGAGUUUUUUCGCCUUCGUGGGCUCUCUGCUCACCACUCUGGGCUACCACUGGGGCCUCUUGAGUGUGAUGCUUGUAGGCCGCUUCGUUUUCUGGUUCGCGCUCAACAGCCUGUUGAUGGUGCAAACGAUCCUGACGUACGACAUGUUCAAGGGCAAGGAGCUGAAUAUGGCGAUGACCCUCAUCGUAUGCUCAAUCCGAGUCGGAGGUAGCCUUUCGUAUCCUCUGUCAGGGCCACUGCUGCACCGCCUUGGCGUUAUGGAAUCUCUCUGGUUCACUGUGGUCCUGGUCUUCGGCGCCUUCUGUGCGACGCUGGUGUUCGCGAAGCUCUUCCGCGGCACCGAGGUCGCGAGGACGAUAUGGCCCAUGCUGCAAUCCAGAUCGGCGAAGGCGCAGUUCUCUGUGAAGUUUCUGAGGGAAGUGCCGCGCAGCGUAUUCUUCUUCCUCUGUGCGCUCGGUGCGGUGUGGGGAGCGGUAUUCCCUUUUGAAGUAGUCGGGGAUGACAUGCUUCAGACGCAGUUCAAUUACUCCGCAGACGCUGCGGGUGUCACGAUAGCCAUUGCGCCCAUGAUAUCGAUUCUCAGUCCAGUCAUAGGUCCCCUCUUGGGCACCACGUUGCCGCAAAAGCUUAGAGGAUGUGCGCUUGGUGUGGUCUGCCUUAUGGUUGCUUUUGUCCUCAUUGCCCUUCAGCUUCCCCUUGGGGGAAUCCUGAUGGUUGGAGUCGGGUACUGCAUUUCAAUCUGCUGCUUCUACAGCACGCUGCCGAUGUUUGUGCAGUCGCAGGUGCCCGAGGACAUUGCUGGUAGCGUCGUGAGCCUCGUAGUUGGGUUGAACAUGGUCGGGUCGGGGCUGCACAUGAUCGUUUCUAACGUCGCCAUCGGCAUCAUCAGGGACAACAGCUCCUACCUCUGGGCCUGCUGGUACCUAGCCUUCAUGGCCCUCUACGGAUUGGUCAGCAUCGCUGCUGCUGUGGCGCUGCACAAGCCCCUGCCGGUUGGCGAACACCCUGCUGAGAGGCAGGAGGAGGACAUGCACGAGACCGCGAGCUCAGCCAGCGAGGCCUCUGUAGUGGUCACCGGGGCGCUGAACAUAACGGAGUCGUACUGCCGGAAUUAA